CAUGGGUUCCAUUUCCCCUCUACCUUCUCCUCCCUUCAUACCCGAAAAUCCUUUCACGAAUUAUAGGAUAUAUACUUGUUUUUGUUCUAAUGAUUUAUUGGCAACCACAAACAUGUCCAAUUGGAUAGAAUGUUACGACCCUUCAAACAACUCUUGGCAUCGCGUUGACAGGAUUCCUGAACUACUUGAGAACCAUGUGCGGAAGGGUUUUUCCAUGGCCUCAAUUGGUGACGCAAUCUACAUUAUCGGGGGCAGGCUUUGUCACAAGGCUUCAGGCCCUGACUCUGACGAAAUUGUUGAGGAUGAUCUUGAGGUCCUCUCAUCUGUCAUACGCUAUGAUAUUCGCAAUGGCGCGUGGUCCAAGUGUGCGCCACUUGGCACCCCACGGUUCGAUUUCGCGUGCACCGUGUGCGACAGUAAAAUCUACGUGGCAGGCGGGCAGUGCACAUUAGGCAUCGCACGUGGCACCUCAUCGGCUGAGGUGUACGACCCGGCACUCGACGAGUGGAAACCACUGCCUAACAUGAGCGUGCUGAGAUACAAAUCAGUUGGGGUGACAUGGCAGGGGAGAAUCUACGUGGUAGGAGGGUUUGCUGAGAAGGCGGAUUUGGAUAAGUUGCCAUGGAACGCGAUUGGGAGAUGUUCGGCUGAGGUGUACGACUCGGAUAAUGCCAAGUGGGAUCUUGUGAUGGGGAUGUGGCAAUUGGACGUGCCACCUAAUCAGAUAGUGGCGGUUGAUGAAAAGCUUUAUAGCUCGGGGGAUUGUCUGAAUGCUUGGAAAGGUCACAUAGAGGCUUAUGAUGGGAAAAUAUGGAAUGAGGUUGACGGGUCACACUUGGAAACAUUGUCUUCUCCAAUUUCCAUUUCAGCUGCAAAUUGGCCUCCCAUCAAACGGCUUUACAUUACCAUGGCACCCGUCGGGACACACUUGCUCUUCUUGGCAGGAUACAGGAAGCCAGGGGAGAUCUCCAGGGUGGUGUCGGUUGUCCACGUGUUCAACACAUCAGCGAACAGGGAUCCAUGGAGGAGUCUGGAGCCCAUGGAAGAGGAAGGAGAAAAGGAGCUCUGUGGUCAUGGAUGCGUUGUUAGUCUUGGACACAACAACUCAUAGCCAUACAAUAUCCUUUGCCAAAAAGUAUUCCUCGUUUAAAACAAUCACUCAUAGUUGAAAUUUUUGGAUUUUUCUUUCUGUUUGUUAUCAGAAUUUUUAUUUUUAAAUUUAUUAUCAGUUGUGAAUGAA